UCCUGCGCUGUCGCUUUAAGAAGCCCUGCGGUGCGCAGAAGGCGCAGCGCAUCACAUGAUUCUUCUCUUGUGACCGUCCGGACAGAAAAGGAAAAGCCUCGCUGACUUCCAGCUGUUCGAAGACACGAGUACCUCUGUAUUGGUACCCAGGGACUAACUCGAGGAGGGAGAUGGAGUUAAGUUAACUACCACCGCAGAGAGUCACACCCGCGCUGCCUUCCAAAGGGGCCAUCCGGCGUUGUUGCGCCAAAGGGGACAAAGUUGGCGCAUGGAGAGGGACGAAGUUUCCUUUUUUUUUGUUGGUUGUUGUUGUUGUGGCGCAGCGCGCUUUCCUUUUGUUUCUGUCGCCACCGGCGUCAACGCAGCGUCGCGGGCGCCCGGAGCCGAGUGAGCGGAGUUUGAAGCGCUAGUUUUUGCGGAGAACUGAAAGUGAAAGGGAGCUUUUAGACGAGGAGACCCGACGGCGAGGACGCGCGUCACGUCGGCUGAGAAUGGUGGACAGCAAACCUCUCCUCCAGGACCGACCUCCCGCCUACGCCAGCGUCCCGGGGGCUUACGAGUACGGCCCGCAGCCGCAGCAAAGCUAUGGCGCCAUCCCGUCCCCGGCCCCGCCGCCCUACCCGUACACGUACCCGGACGGCCAAGGGUACCCAUCGGCUCAAAUGAACCCCGCCAUAGCUCAGCAGCCCUACGCUGGGACUUACACCAUCCUACAACCCUCUGUGGUGGUGGUAGGGGGCUGCCCGGCCUGCAGAGUCGGCGUCUUGGAAGAUGACUUCACCUGCCUGGGGAUCCUGUGUGCCAUCUUCUUCUUCCCACUGGGUCUCCUCUUCUGCUUCGCACUGCGUCAGAGAAGGUGUCCCAACUGUGGCGCCUCUUUCGGCUAAAGGGACCAAACCCCAGCUCGUCCACACACACACACACACACACACACGCACAUGUAAUCCGGCAUUUUUGUCUCUUUAAUUUUAUUAUCUUUCCUUCAAAAUGCACGUUGCUGUUGCCAUUACUUCAUGUACAACAAAUGAUCAAGGUGAUAUUACCGUGAAUUAUGAUGCUUUACUAGAGGCACGCAUGGACUUCUUUUCAUCUGCCGGUUGAGGAUAUUUUCUUGCAUAUGUGUGUGUCCAGCUGUUGUCAGUGCCUUCACUACAUGCCGAGUGAUCCUCACAGACUCAGUCAGUCCUUCUUCUCCCGUAGGUGUAGCUCGGUCAUCCCAGGAUCUGAGCAGAUUCCUUUUGUUUCUCGCCAGAAAUGACUAAAACACGUGCUGAAGUUCUUUUUUUCCCCCCUUUCGUCUUGGCUGGUACACCGCAUGCAUAUUUUAACGCUUCGAAACCUUGUACUCAACACAGAAUCCACCUAGACCACCGAUGUAUUACCUUUCCCUGGAAAUGUAAACCUUCUUUUGAAACGUUUCUCUUUGGCUCAGUGUGUCACAGGGAAAAAUACAUAAAACCUAGUCAGCUAAAAAGAAAUACAGGAUCUGAAACAAUGGACUUGUUUUGGACAGAACGCGCGCACCGUUUUGUCUGCCUUUGUUGAUGUUAUUUCUAGGGGCCAUAUUUGCACUGACAGUUUGUUUGAUGACUAUUCUGCUGGCUUGUGCUUUUCCAGGGCCAAUGCAGACCUCAGGUACAUACAAUCUGAAACGCCCUCGACUUUACAACCUCAAUCACUGUUUUACUUCGGGCUUCUACCUACUUCAAGGACUUGCAGUUUCACUUCAAGGAAUCACGCUGAGAAAACUGAAGAAUACUGUAAUCUCUGGAUUUUUAUUUUAGUACUCUGCGACAAGUCACCCCGUCCCGUUCGUCCCGACCUGACAAUCAAAUGAGAAUGUCUUUGUCCCGUAUCUGUAGGUCCCAGCCAGAUGUUGUAGAACUGUCCAUGGCAGAAGAAAGAGCUAGAACUGGGUGGGAGUGAUUUUAAUGAAUCUUGCUUCAGAAGACACACUACGCACGCUGUUAUGAUUGAGGUUAUUCCUUUUUAUAUAUCCGCCAUUGUAAUUAAAAAUGAAUGCAACUCA